AUGGCCGCUGUGAACGGACUCGUGUCGGAGAAGACCAAGAGGGCGACUGAUCUCAUGGAUGAACUCCGUGAUCUUGCGCCGGAGAGCAUGCGCAGUGAGCUGCCGCAGAUUGGCGUUUUUGGUCAGCAGUCUGCCGGUAAGUCGUCGGUCCUUGCGGCGCUGUCGUCCAUCGAGUUCCCAUCGGGCUCAUCGACGACCACGCGGUGUGUGACGCAGGUUGUCCUCCGGCCAGGGCCUGAGGAGCGCUGCACGGUCAAGCUGUUUGCGGUCGGCGACACGCCUGACGACAACGUUGCGGAGCUUGUCGAGUCGUUUGGCACGCAGACGACCAGUCUUGACACGGCAAAGGAGCGCAUCACGGAAGCUACGGAGCAGAUUGCCGAAGCCUAUUCCGGGCGCAGCAUGACGAUGUAUGCUGAUGUCGAGAUCCACAUUCACGUGACCUCGCCGGGCUGCGUGACGCUUACCAUGAUCGACGUGCCUGGGCUGGUCUCGACCGGGAUUUCCGACGCGGACCAGGCGGCCAUUCGCAACAUGUCGGAGCGAUUCAUGCAGCAGUCCCGGACGAUCAUUCUGGCUGUGGCGUCGGCGUCGGAGGAUCCGGCCAACUGGGCUAUUCUCGAGCUGGCCAAAAAGCACGAUCCAAACCAGGCGCGGACGCUUGGGGUGAUCAGCAAGGCCGACAAGGUCUCUUCUUCGGAGACUGGCGAACUGCGGUCCAUUCUCUGCGGCAAGUCGGACAAGUACAAUCUCAUGCGCGGCUACACGCUCGUCAAGUGCCGGUCCGAAGCCGACGUCAUGGGCGGCGUCACUCUUUCCGCGAGCCUCGACCAAGAGAGCCUGUUCUUCGCGACCACCGAACCAUGGGCCUCACUCCAAUCCACUAUGAAGUCGGCUUUUGGGACGUCAAGGCUCAAGAAGCGGCUGGCGAACCUGCAGGAGGCGCAUAUCCGGAAGGUGUUGCCGGACGUGCGUGAGUCGUUUGAGGCCGAGCGGAGGAAGCUGGAGGCGGCCGUGGAUGCUCUCGGCACCAAAAUUGAGUCUGUCCAGGAGCAGAUGCAGUGCAUGCAAGAAAUCUUUGACGACAUCGCGGGCGACUUUGAGGCGGUCCAGCGCGGCAAGUUUGCCGACGCCAGGGUGGUCAAGCCGCUCAUCCUUGGCAAGAUCGCUGCCGACGAGACGGAUGACGGCGCGGGCUCGUCCGACGUGUUGCAUCUCGCUGAUGACAGGCUAGCCGCACUGGAGAUGCGGUUUGGGUGGCGACUGCGGGCAUGGCUCGAGGCCGAGAACGCGACUUUCAAGACCAAAAUGGCUGUGGCGGCCAGCGUGAAGAGCAUCGAUCGCGAUCUGAUGUUCUGCUCGGGAAAGGAUGGAGAAGAAGAUGCAGCACGCGAGGCUGCGGCCGCGGCGGCGUUGCGGGCGGAGCUUGUGGAGCGAAUCAACUACUCGCGCGACGACUCGCUUGCUGGCCUUUUCGUGCCGUUUGAGAUCUUCCGGUCGAUCUUUGUGGAGCGGCUUGUGUCGUGGCGCUGCGUGGUGAACGAGCACGCUGAGCUGGUGUUUGCCGGCAUCCGCAACCUGUUGCGCGAGGUGGUCAAGCAGACCAUCGCCAAGCACAGCAUCCUAUUUGACCGCUUCCCGGCGCUUGGUGGGGUGGUCAAGGGCGUGGUCGAGACUGUGGUAACCAAGUACAUCGAUGAGGCCGUCCACGAGCUCGAAGAGCUCUUUGUUCAGGAGCGGUCGCCGCACACGCUCAACGACUUGCUCCUCCACCAGUUUAUGGAGAAGAGCCUGGCGCCGUUUGAAAAUGCGAUCGAGAACUACCGCUGCGACGAAAAUGGCAACCUUGUCAUCGCGGAGGAUGCCUUGCGGUUGCUUGUCCAGAACCACUGGUACCUGCGGGACCUGUCGCGGGAAGACUACGAGGCGAUCACCAUCCACAACGGCCUCGACGCAUACCAGGGUGUUGCAUCGCGGACAAUCGUGGACACGACGGCCAAGAUCGUGAUCAAAAACCUGCUGGAGCGGCUGACGAGGGCGCUGCAGCGGCCCGAAGCCGAUCUGAUUAGCGCAGCCGAGUGGCAGCAGGUGUUCUACGAGUCAGCGUCGACGGUGAUGCGGCGGCGGCAGCUGGAGCAGCGGCUCGAGCGGGUGCGGGACUGUCUGACCGCGCUCAACAUGCCGGUGUGA